GGCCGCGGAGGCUUUGUGUGCGCGCGUGUGUGUGCGCGGGGGCGCGGGUGUGCGAGCGCCGUGUGUGCCGGCGGCCGCGGGCGGGCGCGAGUGGGGCCGCCGCCGAGCGCCAGCAAGACCCGGCGGGCGCGCUCCCCAGUCCCUCCGUCCCCGCCAGAACCAUGUCGGGCAGGUCGGUUCGAGCCGAGACCAGGAGCCGGGCCAAAGAUGAUAUCAAGAGGGUCAUGGCGGCUAUCGAGAAAGUGCGCAAAUGGGAGAAGAAGUGGGUGACUGUUGGCGACACAUCCCUGCGGAUCUACAAGUGGGUCCCGGUGACGGAGCCGAAGGUGGAUGAGAAAAACAAGAAUAAGAAAAAAGGCAAAGACGAAAAAUGCGGCUCAGAGGUGACCACGCCCGAGAACAGCGCCUCGCCCGGAAUGAUGGACAUGCACGACGACAACAGCAACCAGAGCUCCAUCGCAGACGCCUCCCCCAUCAAGCAGGAGAACAGUGGGAGCUCGAGCCCGGCUGCAGAGCCCAGCUCGGCCGCGCCUGGCGACAGCAGCACCGAGGCACAGGUGGACGAGGCGCAGGUGGAUGGGAAGGAGCCCCCUGGGGCUGAAGAUGCCUCGGACGAGCAGAAUUCCCAGUCUCCGGUGGAAAGUACCUUGAGCAGUUCAGAGAAGGCAGAGCGGCAGCCCUCCGGGGACUCGGGUCUGGCUGCCGAGGCAUUGGCCGCCUCUCAGGAUUUGGAGGGCGCGCCACCCUCUAAGAAGGUGAAACUAGAGGUCUCCCAGCAAAACUCCGAAGAGAUGUAGGCACCCCGGAAGGCUCCACCCUGUGUGCCGGGAGGCGCGUCCGCAGGCCUGCUCCCAGAACAGCACGGCCAUGCGAGCCCCCUCGGGUGCAAACACAACUACUAAUGCUCAAGUUUACCAAGUGCAAAUCCAAGACAACCCUGACCCACGUCACUCGUCAGACACCGAGGAACCCUGUGCCGCGGGUCGGACACUCGGGCCUAGCGGGGGCCGUCCCUGGGGAGCGGGUGACAGCUCAGGACUGCACAGUCUCGGAAGCCAAGAUCACAUUUGUGUUGCUGCUGUAUUGUUUCCCACUUCUCUGUUGAACGAGACGAGCUCUUCGAGGGUGGUACCCAUCAGGAAGUCGCUGUUCACUGUUCAAUCAAUUCCUUCUGCUUUCUUUUUUUGUGCCUUGUGACCUUGAGGUGACCUCUGGCGUGUUUCCUGGUUGUUUUUCACAUCUGCCCUUUGCAAAGUGCCCUCUCGGCUGGAUGGUUCGGGCACCACGUUCGCCUCUGUCCUGGAUGCCCAGGACUCCGUGGCCCACAGAGGGGUAGGGGUGCCCGUGCCCCUCCCCCGCCCGAUUUCCAGGUGCAGGGGGCUCAGGGUCGCCAGCAGCCUCUGGGGACACAGUCCCCGCAGGCUGGCGUCCUCAGGCCCCACUGGGCACUGGCCACGCCCUGGCUCCCCUGGGGCCCGUGGAUGUACUGAGCCUUGGACUUUUUCUGGCACUUGACCCCCAUCACCACCACCUGCAUCCCCACUUUGUCAGGCCUCCGACGAAGAGCUGGCUUCCCCGACAGACUGCAGGACGGUCUCCGUGAGAUGGUGUUGGGGGCCGCGCCAGGGAGGCCAGGCAGCGGUGGCAGGCAGAGCCGGUGCUGAACUUGAACUUUCCCAUAGGAUGUUGCUUGGAUUUCAAAUCCGUGGUAGCCUGCCACCCUCCGACUCCCCCUGGCCAGGCUGCCACAGGCAAGACUGCAGUUGGUGGAAACCCCACUCACUUGACAGUAGGCUGUGCACAGCCAGCAGCCGGCGGAGGCUACUUCCCAGGACACGCGUUAGGCCUUGAAGGCACGGAGGAGUUGGGAAGAUUUGCACGCCCUCCAGCUGGGCAGGGACCUGUACCCCAUGGCGGUGGACUCUCUCCUCAGGCAUCCGCUGAGCCACCCCUCCCCAGGCCAGCUGGGUCUCCUUUCUCUGGCUAACUGGUGCAUAUUCAGGUACCACCUGUGACAUGUGGACCCUCCUGACCACCAGGACCGCAGGAAGUGUCCGCAGACCCCAUUUUCUAAGUGUUUCAGAGGAGGAGGUUCCUCCUUUUUUUACGGGAGCCUAUUUCCUGCACUUCAAGAAGAAUCAAAAUGUUCCUGAAUUUAAAUACCUCAUGCAAAAUGUCUCCUGAAAUAAGGGAAAAAAAAAAACUUAAAAAAAUCUCCAUGUCUAAGUCAGCAAUGCCGAAAGGUUUGUCUUAAACUCCUCAGACUAAGCCCCGCACCCUGGGUGCCAGCUGCUGCUACUGCUGCCUGCAGUGGCCGGCCGGGUCCUGGGUGCGGGUACCGCUGCCCAUGCUACCUCGGUGGACCCUGGGCGGGCGGCUUUCCCUUCGCAUCCUCCAGCCACAAUGUACGUGGCAGCAGGACUCCCCAUGGAGGAGAGAUGAAUUUGCAUACUUACUUCCUUUUCUUUUUGGGGGGUGGAGGGGGAAAGAGAGGUCACCAUCCAUAUGGCCGCAGGAACUCAAGCAGGGUGGCAGUGGUGGCGGGAAUGGCAGGUGUGGCCAGGCUAGGGCCAUUGGCACCCCUUUCCCCAGCGCAGGUGGCCUCUUGGGCCCGCAGAGGCCCGAGGUGGCGCCCACAGCGCCCAGGCUGUCCUUAGUCUUUCUCUGAAGUGCCUGAAGGUAGGAGUGGGCCAGCGGCCAUGCCAGGCAAGAUGCCAGCAGCCCCACGUGCCCUACUGGCCACCCAGGCCAUCCACGGAAAUCCAGUGCUUCCUCCCCCUCCCGCCCUCGUCCCCCCAGAAGCUAAGACUGAUCAGGCGGCCGAGCUGGGGCAGCGGGACUCCUAAACGAAUGCCUUCCGUGGACGCCAGGCCCCCUGGCCUAAAGGGCUCCCAGGGCAGACUGUUCCCCCAAAAAACUUGAAGCUGGGGAAGCUGUGGCUAACAUUCCGCAAAGUGCUGGCACUUACCCGCAUCACCCCGGAAGGCUGCUGAGCCACCAGGGCCACACCUGGCCUCCACGGCGGCUGGGUCCACUGCCCAUUCUCGCGGAGGACCUGGUUAGAGGUAUAAAGGUGUUUUUCACCGUCACCCAGGUUUGUUUGUUUUCUGUUUUUUUGUUUGUUUGUUUUUUGCCCUCUUCCGAUUUCUUUUGGUGUGUGUGUGUGUUGUACAGCGGUAUAAUUUUUCACUUAUUUAUUCCAUCAGUAGAUAUGGUUUGUACAAUGUACAAUGAUUCCAUUUCAGAAAAUAAAAAAA